AUGGCGUCUCAAUUUGAUGAACUAAGGACGUUACUUGAGGAAGAAGUUGAAGACGAACCCGCAGAAAUAGACAAUUUUGCAGAAGAAAGUGAUAUCGACUCUGAAGAUGAAGUUGAGCAAUGCAUUCUUAAUUCAGAAACUGAGCAAUCCGAAAACGAAAUAGAAGAAGAUGACAAAGAAGAAGGAAACUCUUUUAUGGGCAAAGAUAAAAAAACAGAGUGGCUAAAUAAACCACUAAAAAAAAGUCGACGUCGAAAGUCACACAACAUUUGCAUUCAUCUUCCAGGAGUUAUUGGAAAUGCAAAAAAUGCAAAAACUCCAUACGAAUGUUGGAAUAACUUUUUUACGGACAAUGUAAUUGAAUUGAUUGUCACAUACACAAAUAUUUAUAUUGACUCUGUAAAAGAUAGGUUUGUGCGACAGAGAGAUAUUAAAUCCACUGACGCAAUUGAGGUAAAAGCAUUCAUCGGGCUGUUGUAUUUAGCAGGAGUAUAUAGAGCAAACCGAAUGAGUUUGGAAGAUCUUUGGGGGAAAGAAGGUGAUGGAAUUGAAAAAUUCAGUCUUGUUAUGAGUCUCAAACGGUUUAAUACACUUAUUUGUUGUCUUCGUUUUGAUGAUCGAAGAACUCGAAACCAAAGAAAAGAAAACGACCGCCUUGCUCCAGUUCGAAUAAUUUUUGAAAAAUUUGUUGAUAACUGUCAGAAAAGUUUUAGUCCAGGGGAAAAUCUUACUAUUGAUGAAAUGCUUCCGGGAUUUCGUGGUAGAUGUCAGUUUCGGCAAUACAUACCCUCAAAACCAAACAAAUACGGUGUAAAACUUUAUAGUCUAGUUGAUGCAAGUAUGUUUUAUACUGUCAAAAUGGAAAUUUAUGCUGGGCAACAACCACAAGGCCCUUUUUGUUUUAGCAACAAACCAAGCGAUGUGGUGAUGAGAAUGGCUGAACCUUUAUUUGGAUUUGGUCGAAAUAUAACAGCAGAUAAUUGGUUUACUAGCUUCGAUCUCAUAGAUAAAUUAAAAACUAUGAAGCUUUCAUAUGUCGUUUUGGUCUCCUACAUCCCGCGCGAAAGAAAGAACGUCAUUCUAGUUUCAAGUUUGCACGAUGAUGAUGCCAUUGACCCUCAAUCUGGAGAGCAAAUGAAACCGGAAAUAAUUACUUUUUACAAUCUUACUAAGUGUGGAGUAGAUGUAGCAGAUCAGAUGUGUGCUUCUUAUAACGUGAGCCGAAACACCAGACGGUGGCCGAUGGUAAUUUUCUAUACAAUACUUAAUGUUGCAGGCAUCAAUUCACAAGUAAUUUACAUUGGGAAUAACCUUGAAAAAAAAAGGAGAAGGUUAUUUCUAAAAGAGUUGUCACAUGAAUUGGUAUUAGAACACCUACAGAGAAGAAGCAUGAACACAGUUGGAAUACCUAAUAGUCUACAUAUUAGGAUGCAAAGAUUCCGUCCAAGAAUUGAACAAGAAAAAUCACAAUCUCCUCCAACUUCUAAAAGACGUAGAUGUGUCACGUGUACUUUAGAAACGGGCGUAAGAAGGUUGUCGUGA